AUAAUGAGCUAUUCAUCAGAGAAGUAUAGAGCUGGGUGAGUAAGAGUUUUGUUUAACACUUGAUUUUACGUGAUUCUGAAACAAUUCGAAAUAAUGAAUUUUCUUGUAUAUAUUUUUGUUAAGCAUAUUCUGCUCUUUCUCAGAGUCACUUUUCAAGUAUGAGAUUCUGGUUCAUUGUAGUUUGGUCAAUCACAGCUGGAAUUCAUUAUGAUUGCGCUGGUGAAAGUCCAUCGGUCGACGAAUAUGAGGCAUUGUUGGGAAAAUCCAUUUACGUACCUACAGAGGACCUCUUGGGGGCAAUUCCAAACGGUAUAAAGUUCUUGAAUAACGUCCCAAAGGAAUGUUACCGGAAAAUAAAGCGGCGUAAAAUAGUGAAAGAUCAGUCGUUCUUCGAAAACACCGGGCAGUUUUACAAGGGCAUUGCGACGACGACAAAUCUCCAUGCUGGGUAUGAAAGUAAAUUUACCCUUGGCUUCACUCUGGACGCGACAACCAAAAGCGUUAGCGGAAACAACCGUACGGUGAGUGGAACUUCAAUCAAUCUCGUCACCAAGUCUUACGAAUUGCAAAUUCAACCCAACUGCCUGUACGAGUCUGACCUUCAGGAGCGGGUAACCGACGAUUUUGCAGAACUCGAAACCGAAAUUUCCAAGCCAUGGUACAAAGAUUCAUGGAGAGAAUAUGAUGCAUUUUUGAAAACACAUGGCUCGCACGUGAUUACAACAGUAACGUAUGGUGCCAGUAUUAUUCAAUAUGCCUUUGCUAAGGAAUCAUCCGAGUAUAAGGCAAAGGACUUUACGGUCAAAGCCUGCUCGGCAUUAGCUGGAAAUGUGAACGCUAUUGUAAACUUGUCGUUAUCCGCUUGCGCUGGUGUCAAAAAGGAUGACGUUCAGAGUAUAAGCGAUGCGGAGAUGACGUCAACUAUUACGAUCCGCGGUGGAACUCUUGAGACGAGAAGCAAGCUUCUUUAUGACAGAACAAAGGAACUUGUUCUAAAAUUCCUUGAAGAAGGCGAAGAUAACGCCUCGCCAAUCGAGUUCAAGCUCACUCCAGUGUGGCAGGUUCUAAACGGUCACAAGAAUGUGAAAAAGGAAAAUCCGAAGAGAGUGGCCCAAGCCACAAACAUGCAAUAUUACUUCGACGGCUAUCUUAAUUUUGACUGUCCGUACAUACCAGCGGGUGAACGUGGGCCCAUUUUACAAAAGUUUGAGCAUGCUGAACGUUCGACACCGAAACAUCCCGUCUAUCAAUGCUCGCUUGCACCGCAGGGUUGCCACAGUGACCAUGAUUGUCACAGUCGUAUGGGUCGCAGGUGCGCAUGUUACGGAAAAUCUUGCGUUCGCCAUGAGAACGUCGAGCUGAGCAACGGAGGGAAGAAGACAACGGCCGUUCAUAACGAAGACAAGAAAGAUUUUUUGGAGCAAGGAUGUAAACGGAAGGUUCUCACUUGUGCUUGUAAGGCAGAGAGGCAGAAAAGAAAAGUGGUAUUUGAAAAUCUUCUCUUGAAGAAACGCUUGCAUAGUAAUUUGUUUUAUUAUUAAUCGGGUGUAAU